GCCAGCGAUAUGUUGCACCGCUGCGUGUCGAAGGGGAACUUGUGCACGUCCAUCAUGCACACGCUGACCGCCCGGAUGUCCUGAUCCAGCAGGACGGUCCCGUCGUGCUUGACCAACAGCAAUAAAUCAAGUACUCCUUUCUUUUGGGACCCAAUGAAAUUGUACAUGUACUGCGUCGACUCACAUCUCAAAGAUGAAGAUGUCGGGGAUCCACAGCAGGUCGGUGGGAAGGGAAAUUUCCGUGAUCCCGCAAAACUCAUCCGGGUCCCAAAAAAUGCGUUCAUCCGUCCAGGACUGCGGACGACGGACCGAUUACCGGGCGCACGUUUGGCAACCCGUGGACGGCCACGACGACAUCUACUCACCGUUAUCGUCCACAGGAACGGAAUGAAGAUGACAUGAAACUACAGUGGAAUAAAGUCACCGGGAUUAUUACGGACGGCGCACCUGCCAUGGCUGGCGAGCGGAGUGGAUUAUCAAGCCUUGUCUGUAACAAAGUCAGCGAAGAAGGAGGCAGCGCUAUUAAACUCCACUGUAUUAUUCAUCAAGAAGUUCUCUGUGCCAAAUAUAUGAAAUAUGAUAAUGUUAUGAAACCGGUGAUAAAGACUAUUAAUUAUAUUCGCUCCAAAGCGCUGUGCCACCGCCAGUUUCAACAGUUUCUUCUCGACAUCCAGGCUGAAUACGGAGAUGUUUUGUAUCACACCGACGUAAGGUGGCUCAGUCGGGGGUCUGCGCUGCAGCGCUUCUUCUCUCUCAGGGAGGAAAUUGGACAAUUCUUGACAAAAAAGGGACAACCCAUGCCACAAUUAAAUGAUCCUGUUUGGCUGGCUGAUUUGGGAUUUUUAGUUGACAUAACGAGACAUCUGAAUGCGCUGAACACAAGCCUUCAAGGGCAAAAUGCAGUGGUAAGCCAACUGUAUUCACACAUCAAAGCCUUUCGGACCAAGCUGCUACUUUUCCAAAGACACCUGUCACAGGCGCAGCCCAAUACCGCACAUUUCCCGUCGCUGCAGGAAAUUGUGACCAGUUUCCCACAGAUCAAUAUCAGUGCGCAAAUGACAAAGUAUGCAGCAGACAUCUCAUCUCUGGUUGAGGACUUUCAGCAGCGCUUUCGGGACUUUGCAGCUAUUGAAAAGGAGAUCACGCUUUUUUCCUCUCCUUUCUCCGUGGACCCUGAUGACGCUCCAGACCACCUGCAACUGGAGCUCAUUGAGCUGCAGUGUGACGCCGAGCAUCGCAGUCGGCACCAACAGCUCCCUCUUGUCAACUUCUACCGCCAGCUGGAUGAAGGCAGGUUCCAAGCAAUUCGGACAUUUGCUAAGAAAAUGCUGAGCUUGUUUGGCUCCACAUACAUGUGCGAGAAGACAUUCUCCGUUAUGAACAUUAUCAAGAGCCGCAUGAGGACGAGACUGAGUGACUCUCACCUGCGUGACGUCUUGCGCAUCAAAACCACUGCUCUUGAGCCAGACAUGGACUACAUACUGCAGUCAAGAUCCCAGUAUCACCCUUCACAUUAGUGCAGGCAAGACCUUUGUUAAGUCCUCUGAGUUGAAUAAAUUCUUAAAUCUCAGUUAAUUAAUUUUUUUGUGAUGGUCAAAAUCACAGUUUGAAUAUGCAGUGAUCAUUGUUUUGUUUUCAGCACUUUUCCUACAGUGAGCAUAUAAUAGUGAAUAAUAUGUAAUGUUUCACAUGAACUUAGAUAUCCUUUAUAGUUUUCUUAAUUUUGUGUGGUUUGUGAUUUCUGUAAAAACCUAAAUGUAAAAAAAAAUGUAAAAGUAAAAGUAUGCCAUUUGUAAUUAAAUUAAAAAAAAUCCCAAAAAGUUAAUUUGUAUUUAAUGUUAAUGGUUCAAAGAAUGUCAGGCUAAAUAGUCGGCGCCCACACAUUUUCACCUUACCAAAUCUGGCCCUCUUUGCAAAAAGUUUAGACACCCGUCUUAGAGCAUGCACCUGAACAUUUUUAGGCUUUUCUUCUGUUACGACAAAAUUUUUC